AUGGAGGAGGACACAGCGGUGCAGGGGAAGGGUCGCCCGGGGGUGGCGUCGCGGGCGCUCCGCGGGGCGCUCGGUCUGCUGGUCGCCCAGGUCCUCUGCCGCCUGGUCUCGUUCGGGCUGAACCUCGUCGCGGCGCGACGGCUCGGUCCUGGCGCGUUUGGGGUCGGCGCUGUUCAGUUCCACCUCCUGACGACCACGAUUCUAUUCUUGAGCAGAGAGGGCUUUCGGAGAGGAUGCACGCGCCUUGGCGACCCGCAGUGGGAGAAACACUACCCAGGAAGUGGCGUGCCAGGGCGCGUGCUCGGCACCUCGUGGCCUGUCGUUCCCAUCGGGCUACUCGUCUCCACGACCUUCGCCGCAGGCACGCUGGCGUGGACCCGGGCCUCCCUGUCGUCCCCGUUCGGUUGCGCGGUGGUCGUGCACGCGGUUGCUGCCGUAGUGGAGCUGCUCUCCGAGCCGCUGUACAUCCUAGCGCAGGCCGAGGCGCGCUUCGCGCCCCGCGCGGCCGCCGACGUCGCUGCGCAGCUCCUGCGGGGCCUCGUGCUCCUGUGGCAGCUCCAGCGCGGGGCGGCGCCAGAGACCGCGUUUGCGGCCUCCCAGGCGGCGGCGGCGGGCACGAUCCUGGUGAUUCUGCUGUUGGCGACGUGGAGGGAGCUGGGGAGCCUCGUGGCGGCGGGGAAGCACGUGCUGGCGGAGGGGGAGAAGAUUGUGCUGGUGACGCUGACGACGGCGCAGCAGCAGGGGGAGUAUGGGCUUGCGUCAGGCCUGGGCGCGCUGGCGGUGCGCACGCUGCUGCAGCCGCUGGAGGAGGCGGCGUUCGCGACGUUCUCGUCGGGCGGGGGAGGGAGUGGGGAUGGCGGGAAGGACGCGGGCGGCGGGGGCGAAGGGGAGGAGAGCGGGGGGGAGUUGGCUGAGUCGGCGGCAACCCUGGCAGGGUUGAUGCGGGCGGCGAUCGCGCUGGGGCUGCUCGCGGUGGUGUUCGGCCCGCCGUACGCGGACGUCGUGGUCCGGCUGCUUUACGCGGACAAGUGGGCUGAUUCAGGCGUGGCGAGUGUGCUGUCCGUGUACUGCCUCUACGUCCUCGCGCUCGCCCUCAACGGGACCACGGAGGCCUUUCUGCAUGCGCGUGCUCCGGUCGACAUCUUGCGGCACUCGAACAAGUUUCUGCUCGCCGUGUCCGUGUGCCACCUCGGGGCCGCCGCGGCGCUGGCCUGGACGCAGGGUCCCGUCGGGGUCGUCGUGGCAGGCGCGCUCAGCAUGGCGGUGCGCACGACGUAUUCGUGUGCCUUCAUCCGGAGCCAUUUCCGCGGGAGGAAAGGCGUGCUGGCGUCGAUGGUGCCCAGGUGGGGCACGCUCGCGGCGUUCGCGGCGGCCGCCGCCGCGACGCGGGUGUCGGCGGCGGCGCUGCGCCGGGGGGGACUGAUGCAGGUGGUGGCAAUUGUACCCCCCUGGGCCAGGGGCAUCGCGGAGGUCGCGCUGGGCCGCGUGACGCCGGUGUCGCUCGAGCUCUUCGAGAAGUGGCUGCCGCGCCUCGCUGCGAACUACUGGGCGGGGGAUCCGAGGGAGGUGCCAGCUGUGGCUGCGCACCUGUGCGUGGGCGCGGCGUGCGGGUUGCUCGUGGGCGCCGUCGUCGCUGUUCACGAGGGGAGAGGGGUGAUCUCGGCGGCGCGGCGGCGACGGUAG